CUCAGCCCUGAUCUCUAUAGGGAUUUCAACAAAUAUUAUCUGGGUAUUCUGAAAGAAAAAGACGUUUGAUAAAUCUUCAAAUGGCCAACGCUGAUGGAGAAGAACAGUGUUUGCUUGUGGGGUUAUUAGAUCCUUCCCCUAAACCACCCAAUCAAAAACAAACUAACAAGAAAAGAAGAUUACGCCGCUGUAAAAGUGCUCCUUCACUAGACUCUCCUCACCCAGAGAAGAAUGGUGGAGGCUCUCUUCCACGUUCCCAAUUCCUCUUUGGGGAUUUACAUCCAAGUUUUGUGCAGGUAGCCACGUUAUUAACCAUCUAUCUUAGUGUAGGUGCCAUCUGCUUCUUCCUCGUCAGGAAUCAAAUCGGAGGGGAGAAAACAAAUGGGGUUCUCGAUGCUGUGUAUUUCUGUAUUGUGACUAUGACCACAGUUGGAUAUGGAGACCUUGUCCCAAAUACCAAACUCUCCAAACUACUUGCCUGUGCAUUUGUCUUCUCAGGCAUGGCUCUUAUUGGGUUAAUACUUAGUAAAGGAGCAGAUUAUCUUGUAGAAAAGCAAGAAAUACUGUUAGUUAAGGCCUUACACAUGAGUCACAAGGUUGGAGCAAAGGAGGUUGUCAAAGAACUUGAAACCAACAGAGUGAAAUACAAGUUUGUUGUGAUCCUGAUCCUAUUUUUACUGCUAUUAGUAGUUGGGACAAUCUUUUUACAUAAAGUUGAGAAGUUGGAUCUUGUUGAUGCCUUCUACUGUGUAUGUUCUACUAUCACAACUUUAGGAUAUGGUGAUAAGAGCUUCUCAACUGAAACAGGGCGAGUCUUUGCUGUGUUUUGGAUACUAGCAAGUACUAUUUGUGUAGCUCAGCUCUUCCUAUACCUAGCUGAGCUAAAUACCGAACGAAGACAACAUUUGCUGGUCGAUUGGGUUCUUAACCGGACGACGACAUCCGCAGAUCUUGAGGCAGCUGAUCUCGACAAUGAUGGGGUUGUGAGUGCUGCUGAAUUCGUCAUAUAUAAGCUCAAAGAGAUGGGGAAGAUCAAACAACAAGAAAUAGAUCUUGUAAUGGAGGAGUUUGAAGAUCUCGAUGUUGAUCAGUCUGGGACAUUGUCGGUAUCUGAUUUAGUGCUUGCCCAAUCAUCUCAAACCGGUAGUUGAUUUGCACCUUCUUGGAUAGGUAUAGGAUCCACUGUUGU